AUGGGACCUCAAGUUUUUCUUGCAGUGUUUGGAGCAUGCCUGAGUUUAGUGGUGGCGGAAUACAGGGAUGAUGGAGGCUUCAUGCCGAGCUUUCAACGCACCGAAGACCAACUAGCGGAACCCUCAGCUAGAAUAGAAAAAGACAGAGAUAGCCAAGCCGACAGGACGCAGAGGUUUGGAGUGUCAGCUUAUGGUGGAUCUGGGGGAGGUUAUGGCAGCACAGCACCUGGCCUAUACGGACCAGUAAAAAUAGACCUUGGAGGUGUUCUAUUAGGAUCCAUAUUGGGUUUCGGAGCUGUCAUCAUCCUUCCCAAAAUUAUACAUGCGCUAUCGUACGGUUAUGGCGGUGGAUACGGUAGAAGUCUGGAGACAGACUUCAGUCAAGUGUCGGAGAUGUUUAACAAGAUAGACGAGAUGCUGGCCCGGUACAACGUGGACUCGACAGCUUGCAUGCAACGACUCGCCUGCUCCUAUGUUCAACUCGCCAAUGAGAAUAUGAUAAGCGGCAACGCUACUGACUUCGACUCAUUACUGUCGUCUUUGUCUAAUAACUCACUAGUCCAACGCAUGCUGGACGGCACACCAGUCUUCGACGGGGUGUCAGCGGGACGCUCGAUGGACUCCGACUGCCACGCUCUCUACCCCAAGUGCAAGCUCGACAAGAAAACUGUUGUUAAAAUGCUUACUCAACUUGUACCAUCGUAG